ACAAUAUGCUGAACGAUAUCCACCACAACCACAACGAUAUCAACGAGAGAAUUGUUGGCCAAUCCAGUAAUCGAUUAAAAUUUUACAGACAUUUAGAUGACUUCAGAGAUAACCAGAAGAAUGCAGACGAAAUGGAAAAUGCAUUAAAUACUGAAGAUUUAAUUUUCGCAAAGUGUGAUAUGAGACCUAAUCGACACAUAGCUCUUCUUAACCAACAGGACAUCGAGGGAUCAAUUCAUAUGUGGCAACAAAGACAUAAUAGAGGACCGCUUCAUAUGCAUAUCAAACUCAAGGGCUUCAAAGUAGGCAAUCAUAUGCACCACAAUCAUAACCCAGACAAUCAUCAAAGUCAUAGCGGUUCAAGAAGUAAACGAGAAUCCAAUUUAAUGCCCGUUGAGGUUGAGCCCGAAGAUACUACUGGUCCACCUGUGGGCGCCUCCCAUAGUCACGGCUUUCAUGUUCACGAAUCUGGAAAUCUGUCGCGCGAUUGUCAAUCGGUAGGCAAUCAUUACAAUCCGUUAAACUUAACCCAUGGCGGGCCGUAUGAUGUGAUCAGACAUGUGGGUGACUUAGGGAACAUCCGUUGCGACCGAAACGGGGAAAUGGAUUUGGAGUUACUCUACAGUCAGGUCUCGCUGUCCGGAGACUAUAGUAUUAUCAACAGAUCUCUUGUGAUCCACCACAAACCCGAUGAUUACGGCCGAAACCCUAACAACCCUUCAAGUUCAUCGACGGGUAGUUCCGGUGUAAGGAUCGCCUGCUGUCUCAUAGAAGAGGUCAACCAAUUGCCUAAAGAGGACGACAGUCAGAGCACCAUAGGAUCAAUCGCGGGACCGGCAGUUGUCACCAGUAAAAGGAGACGCGAGACACGCAGACAUCGAGUAUAUCAUAACCAAAACCAUUUCGACGACAACUCAGAUUUGAGCGAAAUAUUGAAAAUGAUUUCAAACUACGAGAAUGACAUCAAACACAGACACAAACACCGGUUUCCACAUUAGAGGCGACGUUGAUAAUCGACACAUAACUGCUAUAUUCAGAUUAAAUGCACAUUUUAUUCAAAAUUUCUAAAUAAAUAAAACACGAGAAAUCAUUUUAAAGAUAUUUUAUUCUUUGAAAAGAAAAUUAUUUAUUCUUUAUGUAAAAUUUUAAAACAUUUUGUCGCAUUUUGUUUUCGAUAGUCAAAU